AUGUCAGAUCAUUCCCCUAUUUCCAAUAAGGAAAACCACUUGCUGCCAUCAGGCUCAUCAAGAAGCUCAUCCAGCGAUACGCAUUCGACGCGCACUACGGGAACUACGGGCGUUGAACCUGUAGAUUUCACCGGUGAAGGUGCCAAGUACACUACAGCAACGGAGAGCAAUGCCUGUGGCGCAGAUUUGGCGAUUCAAAGAACUACCACUAUGAAUUCCGCAGCGGAAUCAGAGGUCAACGUCACGAGAAGGUUGACCAAGAUCCUUACUGGAUCCGUCGACGAGCCCGACCGCAUAGACGUCAAUUAUACCAAUUGUGCGCCCAUGGGUGGUGAUAGGCCUUACCCUCCCUCAUUGCCCGGCAGAGACCUGUUUGAAGUCACUUUUGAUGGUCCCAACGACCCGCUACAUCCGUUCAACUGGCCCAUGAAGAAGAAGGUUCUGAUCUGUCUUGUUCUAUGUUUAGAUUGUAUUGCCAUUGCUAUGUGUUCUUCCAUUUUUGCCUCGGCAGUGCCGCAAAUCUGCGAGAUAUACCAUGUCAUCGAAGUUGUCGCCAUUCUGGGUAUUACUCUUUUCGUUCUUGGAUUUGCAGCCUCGCCGGUCAUUUAUGCGCCCCUUUCGGAGUUGUACGGUAGAAAGGGUGUUUUAGUGUUAUCUGCGUUUGGAUUUGCCCUUUUCCAGUUUGCAGUAGCUACCGCUGAAAACCUGCAGACCAUUUUCAUCUGUAGAUUUUUCGGUGGUUUCAUCGGUGCAGCACCCAUGGCCGUUGUCCCCGCCGCGUUUGCCGAUAUGUUUGAUACCGAUGUCAGAGGUAAAGCCAUUGCCUUGUUUGCCCUAGGUGUCUUUGUAGGUCCCAUUUUGUCGCCUGUCAUGGGUUCAUAUAUCGCUCAAAGAACUACCUGGAGAUGGUUAGAAUACGUUGUUGGUUGUUUUGCUUCUGCCGUUUUCGUUGCCAUCGUACUUUUCUUUGAAGAGACUCAUCACCCUACCAUUUUGGUUAACAAGGCUAAGCAGAUGAGAAAGGAAAGUAAUAACUGGGGUAUCCAUGCCGCUCAUGAAGACGUGGAAUUGUCCAUCAAGGAAAUUAUUCAGAAAACGGUGACGAGACCUAUUAUUAUGCUUUUCGUGGAGCCACUGUUGUUAUUUGUGACCAUUUAUAACUCGUUUGUCUACGGUAUCUUGUAUCUAUUACUGGAAGCCUACCCACUAGUAUUCGUGGAGGGUUACGGGUUUACCGAAAACGGUGAAUUGCCAUACAUUGCCUUGAUUAUCGGUAUGAUGGUGUGCGCUGCUUUCAUUUGGUAUAUGGACAAUGAUUACUUAAGAAGAUGUAAGGCCAAGGGUAAGUUGGUCCCUGAGGCUAGAUUGUACGCCAUGGUAGUGGCAGGUACCAUUUUCCCCAUCGGUAUCCUAUGGUUCUGUUGGACAGGCUAUUAUCCUCACAAGAUUCAUUGGAUGGUCCCCACAGUGGGGGGUUCUUUCAUUGGGUUUGGCCUGAUGGGCAUCUUCUUACCAUGCCUGAAUUACAUCAUUGAAUCAUAUUUACUGUUGGCGGCUUCCGCCGUCGCUGCAAACACAUUUAUGAGAUCUGCGUUCGGUGCAUGCUUCCCGUUGUUUGCAGGAUAUAUGUUCCGUGGCAUGGGUAUUGGUUGGGCCGGUUUGUUAUUAGGUCUAUUUGCCGCUGCUAUGAUUCCCGUGCCUUUACUGUUCUUGAAAUACGGUGAAGCCAUCAGAAAGAGGUCCAAGUACGCCUACUCCCCUUAA